ACCAAAUAAAUCAGUAUCUUGCUUCUUCAAUGCAACAAACAAAUACCCAUCUACAAAUGUUAUCCAUGGGAACAACAACCAGUACUGGAGACCAAAAUGCUAUACCGUCAAGAAGGUUGACUGUUCAACUUCUGGUUUUUAGUGACAAAGACGGUGAAAACGUUCUUACAUGGUUGCUCCAAGUCAAUCUCCUUUUCAAGGCAAGAAAAGUACAAGCCGAUGAAAGUCACCAACUAUUUGCAAGUUGGGAAUCUUUUGCUGCUAGAAUCAAAGAUACAUUUCAACUGCCUCAUCAUCAACAAAUGUUGUGA